AUGUUCAAACGACCAUCAUGUUUCCAACGCUGGCGAAAUGGCGAACCCGCCGGUUAUUGGUCCGCGUUUCCUAUCCGUCAACUGUUUGUUCUAGGUAUGUCUGAUUUUGUUUUCGCUCCUGGAGUACUUGGAGUAUCCGUGUUCGCUGCAGAUGGCCCAUGUUUGAACAGACGCCUCUUUGCAGAAUGGCUACAAGGGACGUUUCAGCCUCUUGUUCGCAUCUGCGAGCCAAUCGCAUUCAUGUCGAUUUUCCCCUACGUCUAUCACAUGGUGGAAUCAUUCCACGUGACAGACAAUGAUCGAAAGAUUGCGCUGUAUGCCGGGUUGAUUACCUCGUCCUUUACUUUCGCAGAAUUCUCAGCGGGCAUGUUCUGGGGUCGAAUGAGUGACCGGAUCGGCAGGAAGCCCGUCCUGGUCAUGGGUCUGAUUGGAACCGCCAUCAGCAUGGUUGUCUUCGGAUUUGCUCCCAACCUGCCGACAGCUAUGAUCGCCCGAUCUUUAGGCGGCUUAUUAAACGGAAAUAUUGGGGUUCUUCAAACCAUGGUUGCAGAGAUCGUCACUGUCAAGGAGCAUCAGCCACGAGCCUACUCGAUUAUGCCCUUCAUCUGGUGUUUGGGCUCGAUCAUUGGUCCCGCGCUGGGCGGUGCGUUGUCACAGCCAUGCGACAACUAUCCCUGGUUCUUUCAGCGCGGCACUAUCUUCGAGAGGUUUCCUUUUCUGCUGCCCAACUUGGUCUGCGUUGUCAUCCUAGGAUCGGGGGUGGUGGUUGGCCUGAUGUUCUUGGAGGAGACCCAUCCGGAAAAGAAGCAUCGCCGUGACCCUGGUUUGGAGCUGGGCAAUUGGUUGAUUGCCAAGUGCUGUUAUUCUCGCGUCAAGUUGUCCCAGGACACAGACGUCCAGGCAGACCCCGCAGCUGCAGACUAUUUUGACUACGAAAACAUCCCUCCACCGGAGUAUAGGAGCACCGAAUCGUCCCCACAAUUAGGCCCAGUGAAGGAGCUAGAUGGUCUAUCCGAGUGUGACGACAUUGAAAAGCAGAUGAAUGGACAGUCAGGAGGAACACCCAAAGCGUUUACCAAGCAGGUAAUCUUCAAUAUUAUCGCAUAUGGAAUCCUUGCCUACCACAGUGUUUCGUUCGACCAGCUCAUGCCGGUUUUCCUGAGCACUCCAAAGUCGAAUGACAAUGUUACUUUACCCUUCCAGUUUACUGGGGGCUUAGCGCUGUCUACGAAAACGAUCGGAUUCAUGCUGGCAGUGCAAGGCGUGUACUCGAUGAUCGCCCAACUUUGGCUGUUCCCUUUCGCUGUUCGCCACUUUGGGACCCUGCGUACCUUUCGCUUCGUUCUACUCGUCUGGCCACCGCUUUAUUUCCUGGUGCCGUACCUGAUCCUUUUGCCCGAGAAACUCCAGAUGACUGCUGCCUAUGUCGCCCUGAUCAGCAAGAUUACCUUCCAUGUCAUCGCCUUCCCUUCUACUGCAAUUCUCAUUGCCAACGCAGCCCCGUCGUCUAAGGUCCUGGGGUCAAUCAAUGGCGUUGCCGCCUCAACCGCGAGUCUCAGCCGGGCCUUCGGACCAUCCGUCACCGGAUUUCUCCACUCCAAGGGCCUUGACAGUGGCUAUUCCGUUAUCUCCUGGUGGGCCUGUGGUAUUGUGUGCGCCAUCGGUGCUAUUCAGAGCUUCUCGCUGGAGGAAGCUGAACCCCGAAAGGACGCUGAGAGGGAGUCGGAGCCCAAAGUGGCCCCUGCAAACAGCGACGCUUUGCGGGCUUCAUUUGCGGCAAACAAGGAAGCCGGCAGCCCCGAAGAGGUGCGGCGAUUGCUUUCUUCGGCGCGGACCAGCGUUGACGAGAUGGAGGUGUUACAUCUGGAGUUAACCACGCCAGCCGGUUCGAAUGCGGAGACCGUGGAGCUCCUUGCCCAAGAUUAA